AUGACUUUUGCUUGCAGAUGUUUCCUCUUCAGAAAGUUGCUGUACUUUCUUCUGGGUAAGUCGUGCACUGCUUUGUUCUGAAGAUCUGCGCCAGCAGCUUGUGUUUCCAGAGGCUGGGGAAGAGACUGGCCAUUGUUAUCCUCCCCGACAUUUGCCUCUUGCAGCUGCCGGACUCCUCUGGAGAAGGAUUUGGGAGCCAGCUGUAUGCCAUCUUCCCCUCCUCUCUGAACUGCAUUUAAGCCAUGCUGCCUGGAGAGUAGCAAUACCAGUGCCAGAAACUUCAUUCUCCGUUAACUUUUGUGUUGCUUUGUAUCGAUGUACUUAAGUUUCAAAUUUUUUUUGGGGGGGGGCAAUUUUGAAUUUAUUCUGUGUUUGCCAAAUUGUUUAUUUCUGUCAUUUUUAAAUUUACUGUCAUAUUCUGUAUUUCGUACAUUUGUAUUUUUGAUGCUCUGUAUUUUGAUGUUUUGAAAGUUUGCUGUGAGCCACUUUGGGCUCAGCUCCUUGCGGAACAGACGCAUAUCAAUCAAUCCCAGUCAAGAGAGAAGUAACUGAGAAAGCUGCUUACUGGUUACUAGCACUUUUUUUCUGUGGGGACGCAGGGUUACACAUACCCCUAAACAUUUUGUGAAUCUAGGUUUGGCUUCAUUGGGGGCCAAAUUUCAAUAUGAGCAGGAAAAUGAGAGUACCUCUAAACAUUUUUUUAAAGAAAAAAAGCACUGUUGGUCACUGGAACCCAGUUCCCCAUGAGGGUGGGGCAAUGCCACAGUGAUCUUUGUUAUUCAGCUCAGUUUGUAGUAGAAUCUGCACAUAUGACGAAGGUGGAAGUUAGAGAGCCCAAACCAUAGGUGGUGCCAGAGUCAAUGAUAGGUAGAGCCAACUAAUUCUAGUUCUGUUUCUGUCUGCGAUACUAAGAGCUACAAGUGUAACACAGAUACUAAGGAGGAGGCAGCACCAGGGCUACUUUAAAGUAAAAAAAGAAGAUGGCUAAAGACAGGCUGAAGCUGGCAAAGGCAGUGCCCCACUCACCCUCAGGGAACAGUCUCCACUCCUGUGAAGUGUUGCUGCACAUUUGCAACUGUUUCUCUUCUUUGCAAAGGUUUUGCAGGACUCCGAAAGGUUGGUGAUCUCCAAAUGUUGGUGAGAAUCUCAUAAUAAUAAUAAUAAUAAUAAUAAUAAUAAUAAUAAUAAUUUUAUUAUUUAUACCCCGCCCAACUGGCUGGGUUUCCCCAGCCACUCUGGGCAGCUUCCAACCGAAUAUUAAAAACAAUACAGCAUCAGACAUUAAAAACUUCCCUGAACAGGGCCACCUUCAGUUGUCUUUUAAAAGUAAAAUAUUUGUUUAUUGCCUUGACAUCUGCUAGGAGGGCAUUCCACACGGCAGGCACCACCACCGAGAAGGCCCUGUGCCUGGUUCCCUGUAACUUCACUUCUCACAGGGAGGGAACCGCCAGAAGGCCCUCGGAGCUGGACCUCAGUGUCCUGACAGAGUGAUGGGGGUGGAGACGCUCCUUCAGGUAUACAGGACCAAGGCCAUUUAGGGCUUUCAAGGUCGGCACCAACACUUUGAAUUGUGCUCGGAAACUGGGAGCCAAUGAAGAUCUUUCAGAAGAUCUUUCAGGACUGGUGUUAUACGGUCUCGGCGGCCAUUCCCAGUCACCAGUCUAGCUGCCGCAUUCUGGAGUAAUUGCAGUUUCUGAGUCACCUUCAAAGGUAGUCCCACGUAGAGCGCAGUAGUCCAACACCUAAUCUUAACAGAACAGAACAGAAACCUUUAACAGGCACACAAGCAGGAGUACAACAGGUGUGCAUUGCUAAAACACAUAGAAGCACCCUGAGCUCACAACUCUUUCUCCUCCUCCACUGCUCCUUGCUUGGAAUUACCUUUGUACUUGUAACAAUGUCCUUCUCCUACAGGAAAGGACCAUGUUAGGAUAGCUAGGAGAAUGUAAUAAAUGUAAUGUAAUAAAUGUUUAACUCAGGAAUCCCCAACCUCCAGAUGUUUGGCCUACCACUCCCAUGAUCCCUAGUUAACAGGACCAGUGGUCAGGGAUGAUGGGAAUUGUAGUCCAAAACAUCUGGAGGGCCGAAGGUUGGGGUGCCUGGUUUAACUAGAGAGUUGAGCAGUUCAAGUGGGUUGAUGUACAAUUCAGCAACAGUUAAGAUUAAUCGUGGAAAUUGUAAACUUCCUUUCAUUUAGGUCCCAAAUACCUGGGAGACUACUUGCUUCCCCAUAGACCAUCUCAGCUGUUAAAACCAGCAGAAGGGGCACGCUUGGUAGUUUCCACUGCCUCAAACAUUUGGGGGGGGGGUUGUCAGCCCAGGAGAAAACCUUCUUUGCAGCAGGCUGCUAAACUGUAGAAUGAUGUCCCUCCACACAGAGAUGCACCCGGAACUUUUAUUGCAGAAUUUCCAUUAUAUGCCAAAGAUUCAUUCCUUUACCCUACCUGGACAUCUGCAAUAUCAUUCCUAUUACAUUUUAAUGCUGCAUUUUAAAUUAUUGUAACCUGCUCUGGGAACCUUACGAAGGAGGAUGGAUAAGGAGUUAAAAACGUUAAUGGUUCUAAUUUUCAACUUCUUCUUCUUCUUCUUCUUCUUCUUCUUCUUCUUCUUCUUCUUCUUUCUUUUUCCCCACCACCACCCUCCCCUCACUAGGAACUUUAAGCCAUGCAGUGGGGAAUCCAACCCAUCAGCUGAAGGGAAUCCUGGGAGGAUCAGUCUUGUUUCCUGCCAGUGUAUCUCAAGGAAAAACAGUGCAGAAAAUUGAAUGGGACUUCCGCCCACAAAGGCGUGGCCUGGGCUAUUGGCUGGGGGAAUUCAGUCAUGGGAAACUGGAGCACCCAAGUCCCACUGGCCGGUUUGGACAACGGCUAGACAUGGUGGACGAGACAACAUUGAGGCUCAAAGACCUGGAGUUGGAUGAUAGCGGGAUCUACAAUACUCGUUUUUGGUUUACUAAGACACUGUUUCAAGAACAGCGUUUCAGCCUCACCGUUUAUGGUAAGUUAUUGCUUUCACUGUUUGGCUCAUGGAAUAGGAUCAGCACCAUUUCCCUUCAUAGGCAUUGGUAGGGGUGGGGUGAAAGCUUAUGCUGUUUUCAUUUGUGUUCCACAGAGCCAGUGCCAACACCACAGAUAGACCACCAAGUGGAAUCCAAGACUCCAGGUGGAUGUAAUGUGACCUUGCGAUGCCACACACCUGGAAGGGAAGAUCUCAGUAUCUCCUGGGAAACAGGGGGUCCACACAGGGCCUUAGGAAAGAGUGUGAAUCAGUACCAGGUUUCCGACAAUGGCCGGGAGCUCCGUGUCUCCUUCUGGAACACUUCUUUCGACUCCAAAUUCACCUGCCUGGUCAGCAAUCCUGUUGAUCGAAAGAGAGCCUCCUUUGACUUGCUCAACAUCUGCCAGAGUGAUGAAGGUGAGCAAUACAUCCUUUCCUUCAUUAUCCAGAGGAGGUGCUUGUGGUGGUGAAAAGGCAGGCUAGCCUUUAACAUGAGGGAAGGAUGAGAGGAAGGAAUCCUUUAACAUGAGGGAAGGAUGAGGAUGAGAGCUCCUUGAAGACUGAUCUGAUUCUGCAAAUUGCUGCUCCCCCCAUGUCUUCCCAUUCCUAGCUUAAGACAUUGAUUCAGGGCAGGCAAGUGUGUCUGACAGGCAUUCACAGCCCAAAUCAUUGCAAUAUGAAUGGGAAAAAUUAGCAACACUUGUUUAUCUCUUGUUAUUUAUUCUACUGCUCUCAGCCAGGUGUGAGCAUGAGGCUUUGAAUCUCGGGGUCAUGGGUUCAAGCCCCACCUUGUGCCAAAGAUUCCUGCAAUGCAGGGGGUUGGACUAGUUGUCCAUUCCAACUUCCAACUCUAGAAUAAUAAUAAUAAUAAUAAUAAUAAUAAUAAUAAUAAUAAUAGUAAUAAUUUAUUUGUUUAAAUAAAUUUAUUUGGCUUCCAAUAAAACACUAAAAUACAAUAACCUUGUUGUUGUUGUUUAGUCGUUUAGUCGUGUCCGACUCUUCGUGACCCCAUGGACCAGAGCAUGCCAGGCACUCCUGUCUUCCACUGCCUCCCGCAGUUUGGUCAGACUCAUGUUUGUAGCUUUCAGGACACUGUUGAACCAUCUCGUCCUCUGUCGUCCCCUUCUCCUUGUGCCCUCCAUCUUUCACAACAUCAGGGUCUUUUCCAGGGAGUCUUCUCUUCUCAUGAGGUGGCCAAAGUAUUGCAGCCUCAGCUUCAGGAUCUGUCCUUCCAGUGAGCACUCAGGGCUGAUUUCCUUCAGAAUGGAGAGGUUUGAUCUUCUUGCAGUCCAUGGGACUCUCAAGAGUCUCCUCCAGCACCAUAAUUCAAAAGCAUCCAUUCUUCGGCGAUCAGCCUUCUUUAUGGUCCAGCUCUCACUUCCAUACAUCACGACUGGGAAAACCAUAGCUUUUACUAUAUGGACCUUUGUUGGCAAGGUGGUGUCUCUACUUUUUAAGAUGCUGUCUAGGUUUGCCAUUGCUUUCCUCCCAAGAAGCAGGCGUCUCUUAAUUUCGUGGCUGCCGUCACCAUCUGCAGUGAUCAUGGAGCCCAAGAAAGUAAAAUCUUUUACUGCCUCCAUUUCUUCCCCUUCUAUUUGCCAGGAGGUGAUGGGACCAGUGGCCAUGAUCUUCGAUUUUUUGAUGUUGAGCUUCAGACCAUAUUUUGCGCUCUCCUCUUUCACCCUCAAUAAAAGGUUCUUUAAUUCCUCCUCACUUUCUGCCAUCAAGGUUGUGGCAUCUGCAUAUCUGAGGUUGUUGAUAUUUCUUCCAGCAAUCUUAAUUCCGGCUAGGGAUUCAUCCAGCCCAGCCUUUCACAUGAUGAAUUUUGCAUAUAAGUUAAAUAAACAGGGAGACAAAAUACAGCCUUGUCGUACUCCUUUCCCAAUUUUGAACCAAUCAGUUGUUCCAUAUCCAGUUCUAACUGUAGCUUCUUGUCCCACAUAGAGAUUUCUCAGGAGACAGAUGAGGUGAUCAGGCACUCCCAUUUCUUUAAGAACUUGCCAUAGUUUGCUGUGGUCGACACAGUCAAAGGCUUUGGCAUAGUUAAUGAAGCAGAAGUAGAUGUCUUUCUGGAACUCUCUAGCUUUCUCCAUAAUCCAGCGCAUGUUUGCAAUUUGGUCUCUGGUUCCUCUGCCUCUUCUAAAUCCAGCUUCCACUUCUGGGAGUUCUUGGUCCACAUACUGCUUAAGCCUUCCUUGUAGAAUUUUAAGCAUAACCUUGCUAGCGUGUGAAAUGAGUGCAAUUGUGCGGUAGUUGGAGCAUUCUUUGGCACUGCCCUUCUUUGGGACUGGGAUGUAGACUGAUCUUCUCCAAUCCUCUGGCCACUGCUGAGUUUUCCAAACUUGCUGGCAUAUUGAGUGUAGCACCUUAACAGCAUCAUCUUUUAAAAAUUUAAAUAGUUCAGCUGGAAUACCCUAUUAAACAUUAAAAGCUUCCCUAAACAGGGCUGCCUUCAGAUGUCUUCUAAAAGUUUGGUAGCUAUUUUUCUCUUUGACAUCUGGUGGGAGGGCGUUCCACAGGGCGGGCACCACCACUGAGAAGGCCCUCUGCCUGGUUCCCUGUAACUUCACUUCUCACAGCGAGGGAACCGCCAGGAGGCCUUCGGUGCUGGACCUCAUUGUCCAGGUAGAACGAUGGAGGUGGAGACACUCCUUCAGGUAUACUGGACUGACGCCAUUUAGGGCUUUAAAGGUCAGCACCAACACUUUGAAUUGUGCUCAGAAACGUACUGGGAGCCAAUGUAGGUCUUUCAAGACCCGUGUUAUGUGGUCUCAGUGGCCGCUCCCAGUCACCAGUCUAGCUGCUGAAUUCUGGAUUAGUUGUAGUUUCCGGGUCAUCUUCAAAGGUAGCCCCAUGUAGAGCACAUUGCAGUAGUCCAAGCAUAAGAUAACCAGAGCAUGCACCACUCUGGCAAGACAACCUUUGGGCAGGUAGGGUCUCAUCCUGCGUACCAGAUGGAGCUGCCCUGGACACGGAACUGACCUGCGCCUCCAUGGACAGAAUGACUCCCAGGCUGGUGCUUCAGGGGCACAGUUACCCCAUUCAAGACCAGGGAGUCCCCCACACCAGCCCGCCCCCUGUCCGCCAAGAACAGUACUUCUGUCUUGUCAGGAUUCAACCUCAAUCCAUUAGCCGCCAUCCAUCCUCCAACCGCAAUUCUAUGAGAAUCACUCUGAUGGUUGUUAUUGGAGUAUAUUUUGAGAGACUUUUAUUGCUCAUUGCAGGUGGACAGUUUGGACCCUCGAGUUGGAGUCCAUUGCUUAUCUCUUCAGUCAUACUUCUUCCAGUGAUAAUGGUGAUGGUGAUGGUGAAUUGGGUGUGCUGGAAGAUCAGAUUAGAAAGGAAUAGGAGAGGUAGGACCAUCUCUAUUGAUCUUCUUCCCAUCUUGCCUGAGAUGGGGGCUUCCUUCUAAAUAUACCUCUACAUUUCUUUUGCUUAUCUCAAAAGGCAGAGACUGGUCAGUGCCGUGGAUUAAAUAAUGUGCCUCAUGUUGCAUUCCACAGGUGUUGGUUCUUUGAUGGAAAAGAAGGGGGAAAGUACUCUUACACGCCAGAACUCAAAAAUGAUUGACAAUGACAAUGAUGAUGAUGAUGAUGAUGAGGUGAGAUGACCAGUGUGCAAAGUAAUGAUGGAGUUGAUUGCAGAUAAUUACAACGAAAGCAUCUGAUACAGUUUGGAGGCAUUUAUUACUUAUGGAAUGAUUAUGAAAGUUGCAAUCUGUUGUUUUUAAAUGAACAACAGCAACAGAAAACAGACUUCAAACAGGCCAGUCACCCCAUAAGAAAUGGCAAUCAGUUAGGCAAAACCUGUCCCUAUGAACCAUCUCUGCUUGUCUCCAGGGGGCUUCUCUUAAAAUUAUCUUCCACUGGCUCUGGACUCCAUCACAUCCAGCCAAAAUAAUCACCAGCACCUCUCCCUUAUGCUGGAAAGGCUGUGGAGAGUGAGGCUCAUUUUCAUGCGUGGUGGAGUUGCGCGUUGGUCUACUCCUUUUGGGAAAAGGUGCUUCAGACUGUUUCCAAAAUUACUCUGUAAUGUGUUCCACUCAAUUCAGCUCUUGCCUUGUCAUCAUUAGAUUCAAAUUUAAACAAUAACCUUAAAUACAGAGGCAGGCAGCUUGUGCAAAGAUCCUGUUCCCAUCAGGAGAAUAUGCAUGCUCAGUUUAAGUGAACAGAAUUGAACCCUCCCCUCGCCAGCUAGUGAAUAGAGAACUCAGCCCUCUGACCGCAGGGCUCUGCUUCCCAAAUCCUUACCCCAGUGAACCCAACAGGAUUGCGCUCUCCCCUCACCAGCUGUUCUGGACUCUUCCCAAAAUAUUACUUUUAUCCUUGAUUAUUUAUCCUUGAUAAUAACUGAGUUCUGGAGAAUGGAAAUGACAUACUUUUGUCAAUUCAAAAUGGGCAAUUCCACCCGAUCUCUUAUGGUCUUAGUUAUGGCAAGUUCUCCAGGAGCCCGUGGAACUAGAAAGCUAGCCCUAAAGCUGGAACUGAGGUGCAGGAAAAAUGCUUGCUUUUAGGCAAAUUGGUAUCCUUUCUUGGGGAACGCUUGACUUGGACAGGACUUUAAUUUGGUCCAGGGUUCAGGUGGGACAAAAUGCACAGAAACUCUUUUAGAAAGAAGUUGCAUCUCCAGAGUUCCUACUGUCAUAAUUUCUCUUCCCCUCCAGGUUGACUCAAACAGAGAGGAAUUAACGAGCAGUUCCACACCACCCAGGGAAUCCUUUCCUUCUCCCAAUUCUUCUCCAGUCUCAGACACAGAGCCCUCAGAGAUUGAACACUGCAUCCCACAGACCAACAUGGGAGAUCAGGCACAACUUGGAAGAAAUUUAAAGAUUAUUUACAGAAAUAUUGCAAAAUUAAUGAAUGUUAGAGUGAUGUUGGAUUGA